AUGUCGUUGGCUGGCCAUUUAUCCACCGACCAAAUAGCCGAGGCUAAGGAAGCGUUCUCGAUGUUUGAUAGGGAAUCUGAGGGAGAGAUUCCUGUGGAGGAGCUUUCGACGGUGUUGAGGUCUCUGGGGUAUAACUGCACAGCCGCGACUCUCCAACAGAUGAUUAUUGACGCCGAUCCUGAGGAAACCGGGAAGAUUUCGGAAAACACUUUUCUCCGUCAAGUUUCUCGAGCUGAGCACGAGUCAAUUCAAAGCUCGGCGACGGCCGCUCAACUGGAGGGACUUCGGGACGGUACUCGCUUUUUCUUCGAUGGCAAAUCUCCGGGAGAUAUCAUCAAGUUGAAUGAGAUGGGAGACGACUCCAUACCAAGCGACAGCCUUCUAUAUGUGUUGAAAAACAUUGGAGAGAAGCUCAGUGAUGAGGAGGCAGCUGAGCUCGGUCGGGAGAUCCGUCAGCAAGAGCAGCAGCAGGCUAAGCUGGAGCAGUCUACGGCGAAACGAAAUUCAGCGAUGCAAGGCAACAUUCAUUUCAAAGAUCUCCUCAAGGCUCUCGGUGUGGCACCUAAGGCGCCGGCCAAGGCCGCUGAAUCAGCUGCAGUAUAA